AUGGGUUCCAAACCUGCUGGAGACCCUUCUACUUCUACGUCGCUGCCUCCAACUGCCCCUUCUCGCCGUAUCAAAGGCAAGAGAACACGUACAGGGUGCCUCACUUGCCGCGCUCGCAAGGUCAAGUGCGACGAACAGCCGGGCACGUGCGCCAACUGCGAGCGAGUACCUGGAGCGACGCCGAGCAGCGUGGACGAGUCUCCCAGCGAGGCAGAUCGUGAGCCGUGGAGAGGCCAUGCCAACGUUAUCCACGGCAUCCCCCGUCCAAUCGUCGACCGUCAUGUCGAGGCAUUCUUCACACACGUCUACCCAGUGCAAGGUAACGCCGUUGUGCACAGGGGCACGCUCAUGCGCGACAUUGCCGAAGGGACGUCGUCACACAAGGUCGUUCUCGCCAUCUGUGCUGUUGCGUCGCGCUUUGUUGACGUCACGGGCACACCAAGAACUGCGGGUCAUCACACAAUGCUUACAGGGUCGCCAGAGGCCAAUCGUUGGGCAGCCGAGGCCAAAGCCGACAUCAUCAACUCAGACAUGAGCAUUGAAAACAUCACAGCCGCCCUCAUCCUGGCCAAACAUGACAUCUAUUCGGGGCGCUUCAGUCAAGCUUUUGUGCUUGCCGCCCUUGCAACUCGCAUGUCCCUGGCGCUGUCGCUUCACCGUGAGAUGCCCGCUGAGGCGGAGGUCUCUCGAGCGGAGCGCGAAACCCGACGCCGGCUGAUGUACGCGUGCUACUCGCUCGACCGCAUCAUGUCAACGGGCGUGCCAGAGUUCCUCUCCGUGCCUGCCCACCUUCUUCACGUCCGCCUCCCAUGCGCCGAGCAGAAAUUCAACUUGAACAUUGAGUCGAACACGCCCAUCCCCAACCUUGAGGAUCCCGGGGUCGAUGACUUCGCGCCAGCCAUGCUCGACGAGGUGGGCAUGUUCGGCCAACAUGUUCGUCUUCUGAGCAUACGCGCCAACAUUCUUCGUGUCGUUCGGAACCGGCGCGAGUCGGACCUGCCUCCAUGGGAUGCUUCGUCGCUAUUCGCCAUGGCCAGGAACAAGCUCGAGGCCUGGUUCAACUUGCUUCCUCCGCAGUUCCAACUCGAGCCUGAGACUGUCUACACCCGGCAGUUCCAAAACGAGCUCACUGCUCUCACCAUGCUUCAUGUGUGGUAUAACCUCAACGUUGUCGAGCUCACACGCGUUUCGAUGCCGGGGUUCACUGAAUCGCUUCCAGCGGAGCUGAUUGGGAGGGCGCCGCAGGGGUGGGUGCAGCAGACACGCGACCAGUGUGUUUCCCACGCCCGCCUGGUCGCACGCACACUUCGACACGUCGCCAGCUUGGUCGACAUGGAGACGCUCGUCUUUGGGGACCAGUCGCUCCCCAUCUGCGUCUAUGAAAGUGCGCGUGUGAGACUGCAGUACGCAUUCCUUCUGCCACACGAGCAGCAGCCGGCCGAACUUGGAGAGCUCACGGCGGACGUUGCGGUCCUGACCGUGUUCAUUGAGCGCAUGGGCAGAAACUUCCAGAAUUCCAAGUUCCUUCUUCGCGAGAUGCGCAAAAUGCUCCGCCGUCAUGGCUUGGAUAUCGGAAGUGACCUCUCCGAGCCGUCACAGCCUGGCAGUCCCGAGGCGCAGGAUCCAUGGUCGCGCCGGGUCCGCACGCUCCGUGAGCAUGCACCGCGCCGGCCUCCAUCGUCGGUCCCGUCCCACUCCCAAUACUAUCCGCCCCUCCAGAGCGCGCAAAUCUCAGCAAACCACGCAUCACAACAUAACCACUCACAGGCUGGCUCACUACCAACACCUGCACCCACUGACGGCCCCGGCAGUGACCACAUGCAACAGGCCAUGUCGCUGUACCCCGGACCUGGCGUACCGGGCGGUGGCUUCUGGCAUCACAACGGACACAAUAACGGACAUCCCGAGGAGGUUGCAGUCCUGCUUGGCGAGUUGGGCCAGGCGCAAACCACGGGAGGGGUGGAUGCCAUGGGCGGUGGCUCGCUCAUGGACAUGUUCGCCGACUGGGUUGCGACUGGCUAUGACGCAGGGAACAUGGGUCUUAACGGCGUCGUGUAG